AUGGAAGCCACCACAAAGCAGCAAGCAACAAUAGUGCACUUGGAUGUUGAUGCAUUCUAUGUGGCGUGUGAAAGAGAACUGAACAAGGAGCUCCGAAACCGUCCAUUGGCGGUGAGUCAGUACAACCCCUACGGUGACUUGAAGACAUGUCUGAUUGAUGAUCCAGCACGAAUCCUCUACGACGGCCAGCAGAAACAGGCAAAGAAGAAUCCCAAUGCGAAUGGAUCCUUGAUUGCUGUCAGCUAUGAGGCGCGAGCAUCCAAUGUCAAGAGAAAUGACAGAGGGUUGGAGGCAGUCAAAAAAUGCCCUGAGCUCGUCAUCGUUCAAGUUCCCGUAGAGAAUGGCAAGGCCAGCCUUACUCUGUACCGAGACGCGUCUGAGCGUCUCAUGGCAGCAUUGACUGAGUAUAUGAAGACCUCGGCACUCGACAUUUUUCAAGAAGUUAUAUGUGGAAGAACCGAGAGGAAAGGAAACGACAAACCACAGCAGAGCAACAAGUCAUUGGUUGACAUUAAAGUGGAAAAGGCUUCUGUAGACGAAAUUUACAUUGACCUUUCUAUUCCAGUGCAGCUGAUAUUAAAACAAUGUCGAGAAGCCAACAAGUGGGAAUCCUUGCGAAGGGCUCUUUUGAAAGAUGACAGUGCUUCUUCUCACACAACUGUCGGUGGCCUUGAGACCAGCGAGGCAGCGAUUGCCACCAACAGUCUCACAAAGGAUGAAAUUCGGAGAGGGUCUUCCUUACAGGUAGAUGAUUCCAAGGAUGCUGCAAGUGCCGAAGAUGAGUUAGGAGCAGUUUGGUGGGGUAGGGCUUUUCCUGAGGCUUGGGGAGACGACGAAUUGUCUUUGGCCAUUGGGGCUCUGAUCACAGUGGAGGCACGCAAAGCAAUUGUCAACAACUUUGACGGGGUCUACACCCUCUCUGCCGGUAUAUCAUCCAACAAAAUCAUGGCCAAGCUCGCUUCCGGUUUGAAGAAGCCAAAUCGUCAAACGCUGAUCAACCCAAACAAUCAGACAACACUACAAAAACUAUUCCAUCCACUGCCCAUUGGGAGAAUAAGAGGUUUGGGAGGGAAACUUGGUGAGCAGGUCGCUGAAACAUUGUCAGUCAAGACGGUGGGGGAGCUGGCAAAAGUACCCUUGUCAACGCUGCAACAAAAGUUGGGGGAUAAACAGGCUCGCUUCUUGUUUCGAACAGCUCAGGGGAUUUGCGAUGAGGCUGUGACAGAGAGAACGAAGCCAAAGUGUAUCGGAGCCGGCAAAACAUUUCGAGGAGUAUUGUCAAUGCGCACAUCCGAGCACGAAAAAUUGAAGAAGUGGUUGGGCAACCUUGUCAAUGAAGUUCAUGAGCGAAUGUCCAGUGAUAAGAGCAGGUUUGCAAAGACUCUGGUCUGUUGGCUACACCUGUCGCCCGUUGGAGGAAGCGAGAAGAGUGAUAGAAAGCAAAUGUCAACAUCAGCGCAGCUCCCACGAAAUGCAUCUGCAGAAAAGUCAACCGACAUUGCCUUCAAACUAGCCAAAGACAUCAUCAAAAGUGCUGGCAGCACACGUGGUCGUGACGCUGCCAAUCCAGAGGGAGGCUUCCUCGUCAUUGGCAUGGCAGUUACGGCAACAAACUUUGUCCCGAUUGCCCAAGGGCAGAGUUCUAUAGUCGAUGCAUUCAAACGGAGUGCGGAGCUCUCCCCCACCACGGGAGACAAAACUCCUGCUUCACAGCGACCGAGAGGAAAGACUCAAUCUUCCUCCAAGUUGAAGUCCAGAGCAGCGAAAAGCAUUGCUGCGUUUCUCCAGCAAGACACGCAAUUUACUCGAGACGCCGAUGUUCACGGUUCAACUGCACUAUCUCAUAGCGGGCAAACAGGAGGGGAGCUCUGUAUCAAAGAAAGCAGGGCCGCGUUGGCUGAAGGCGGGGGCAAGGAUGCAUCGAUGGUUUCACAAAUGGACGUCUCGUCGGACGUUACUCCAAUCAAGAAGAAAUUUGAAGCAGGAGACGGGAAGCACACAGAAAGUGGGGUGGAAGUUGAGGCGUCGGUGGUGGCGUGCAAAAGCCAAAGUGCGCUUGAAGAUUCACAAACUGAGGGCUUGCCUGCAGGAAGCGCAGAAGAGAGUGUCGACCCUGAUUUGGAGUAUGCCAAGCAGCUACAGGCAUCCUACGAUCGAGAAAAUGAUGAGAUUUCUCGCAUGGAACAGCGACGAUCGAGCUUGUCUCGAACCCACCAUGAAGCAACUGGCCGCAAGGCCAAACGCAGACGAACAUCAAAUCCCGGCGUGGUCCGCCCCAUCAGCAACUUCUUCGCGAAGCUUUCUUAA